GCUGCUACGCCAGAGCCGGCGGGGGCCUCAGGUCCUUCCCAGUGCCGCCGCACGGGACAUCGCUCUGGCUGCGAGCGGCGGUGGGAGCUGCCGAGGGCGCCGGGUCUUCCCUCCUCCCCCGCGGUCCUCGGUUCACCCGCACGCCCCUCCUCCUCAGCUCCCCUCCCUCUCCUCUCCGCGCCUCCCCCGACCCCCCCGUCUCUGCAGGCCGAGUGGUGCGGCCCGCCUCCAGCUGACCGGCCUGGAAUCCCGGCUCGGAGCCCCGGACUCGCGCCCGCCCGCGCGUCCGCUCCCUCCCCCUCCCCCCCGCCCCGAGCCCCCCGACGCCGCCGCCGUCGCCGCCGCCGCCGCCUCCGCCUCCGCCUCCUUCGAGCGGGGCCCAGGCCCAGCCGCCGCCACCGCUGCCGCCGCCGAGCUCCGCCGCCGCCGAGCACCAUGGGAGACGCCGGGAGCGAGCGCAGCAAAGCGCCCAGCCUGCCGCCUCGCUGUCCCUGCGGCUUCUGGGGGUCCAGCAAGACUAUGAACCUCUGUUCCAAAUGCUUUGCUGAUUUUCAAAAGAAACAACCAGACGAUGAUUCCGCUCCAAGUACAAGUAACAGCCAAUCAGAUUUGUUUUCCGAAGAGACCACCAGUGACAACAACAAUACCUCGAUAACCACGCCAACUCUUAGUCCCAGCCAGCAGCCGCUUCCGACAGAAUUGAAUGUAACUUCACCAAGUAAAGAGGAGUGUGGGCCAUGCACAGACACAGCUCAUGUCUCGUUAAUCACACCAACCAAAAGAUCCUGUGGUACAGAUUCACAGUCUGAGAAUGAGGCUUCGCCAGUGAAACGGGCACGACUACUGGAGAAUACCGAACGACCUGAGGAAACCAGCCGAUCUAAACAGAAGAGUCGACGUCGGUGCUUCCAGUGCCAAACCAAACUGGAGCUGGUGCAGCAGGAACUGGGAUCAUGCCGCUGCGGUUAUGUGUUCUGUAUGUUACAUCGCCUCCCCGAGCAGCAUGACUGUACGUUUGACCACAUGGGCCGUGGCCGAGAGGAAGCCAUCAUGAAAAUGGUGAAACUGGACCGGAAAGUGGGGCGCUCCUGCCAGCGCAUCGGGGAGGGGUGCUCCUGAAGGCCAGGCAUGGCCGCCACAUGACGCUGUUCUUAGUUCACUAAUGUUAGCCUUAUUUAGGACAAAGUCAGCCAGACACCUUGUACUGGGCACGCGUCAGACUACAGCCAGUCCGUUUCCUUUCUUUAGCCAGCCAUCCUGGUACUGUAGUUUAGGGGUUGAUGGUGGUUGAAAUUGAUUUCUGGCUGGUUACUAAGGUGCCUGCUAGCCAUUGUAUACAAUUAAAACAUGAAGAAUAUUUUUUUUUGAGCAUGGCUAGUGGAUUUAAAACAACACAUACCUGUCACUGCUGGAGUCAAACUUAUAAAAAGCCUUAAGCGGAAAGUGUUCCAGAUGGAGACUCUGAGUUAAUAGAGGCGUAGAAGCUGGUGUUAAAGUUCCCAUGACGCACAUGGCUUUGCCAGAAACUCUGGUUAAUGUUCGGCCUUUCACCUCUUCACUUAUCCUUAGUCCAGUAGCCAGGAUACCUGAUGGCCACGCGUGCCUUGGCCACAGGAGGCUGUUGAGAUUGGCCACGUGGCUGGGCUGGGUGGUGGCUUCGCUCUCCCACAGAGCUGGAAAUGGGGGUGGGGGGGGCAGGUUCUUAGGAAAAUUUUUUACCUGACUUGCUAUGAAAGAACUCUCUCAUCACAUGAGAAGAGAAACAAUAACCUCACUUUGAAAAUUAGCUCCACUCAAGACUAGUCCAUGUACGAGACCCAUCUUUUCUACACAGGACCCACGGUCAUGAGAAGCAACCAGGGGUGCACCCUGACCCCACUGGCUCUGGUUUGCCAUUUGCCAAGUGCAGGGAUCUGGCAAUUGAUCAAAUAAGGCUAAUUACAGCACAGCAGCUGCGGCUAGGAUCUACAAACUGGCCUCUGCAGCUAGAUUUCUAUAUUGGGAGUUUUUAAAAAGACAUUUCAUAGCCGACGGGAAUCAGUAGAAGGGCUGGGGAGCCGGUGGGAAGCCGCCGCCUGCAGGCUCUGCCCCCUCCAGCGGCCGCCCGCCCGGCCCUCUCUGGGCCAAGAGGACAGUGCCACGGCCCAGCCCCUUGGGCUGCGCAGCUCCGCAGUCCGGGGGACCGCCUCUACCACACAGCAAGUCUGGGAGGGCGAGGCGGCCUGCGUCCCAGGGGCAGCGGGGGGAUCUGUCUAGAACAGUGGUUUGUGGCCGUGGCCCAGCUCCGAGAAAGACCUUGGCUCUGGCAGUGGGGGUGGGAGGGCACAUUUCUCAGCCUGUGCCGCUUCCUGCGGGCAGAGAGGAGUUGGUAGCCAUGGUAGCUCAGGCCGGGUGGGGAGAGUGGAUAUGGGCCUGUUGGCCCACGUUAGGGAAUCCUCACUGAUCAGGUGGGGGCGGGGAGGGGAGACAGGAUUAAGAUUCCCUGGGGAGCCUGAACAGGGUUGAGUGGGCCAGAGACCCCGCAUGGUCCAGGCUGGUGAGAGUCGGAGGCUCCUGCCGAGGCGGUUUGGAUCUGCCCACACACAGGCUACUGGAAUAGUUUAACCCAGCAAACUGUCCCUUUUAUACCACGACCAAUAGUUCGACUGUCUGUAAUUCACAGCCAAACACCUGCAGCUACAAAUGUUUUUUGAUCCGGAAUACUAAAAUAGGAAAUCAUGCUCUUCCCAACCUCUUCCUCCCAUCCCACCCCCACCAGAGUGGAAUCCGCUGCAAAAUCUCCAGCCUUAUUCUUGCUUCAGGACCCAGACCGGUGUCUUGCUCUAGGGCAGCCCAGGGCAGAGGGGCCAGGUCUGCCCGCGUUUACCACUGUUGUCAAGCCACGGCCCUCUGGCCAGUACAUGGCCAUCCUCAGUGAGGCGGCCCACCUAGGCCCCCCGCCAAGCUCUGAUCCCGAAGAGGCCCCCCUCCCCCACGCGCCCUUCCAGCCCUCCUCAGGCCCCACCGCUGCUGCCUCGAGGCAGGGAUGGGAAGCAGGCUCUCUGGGGAGCCCAGGGGCACACAGGGCUCCAGCCCAUGUUCACUUCCUGGUGGUAGAGCUGGGGGUGGGGGGAGGGCUUGUCCCCUGCAGUAUCUGUUCUGUGAAGUUUGUUAAAUGUAAGGAAAGCUUAAAUUCUUGUAUCUUUAAAAGAGAAGAUCUUAUUUAACCCUUUUGUGUUUUAGAUUUACUUACACACAUAGCCUAGAGCUCAGUUUUAGUUUUAACAUUGUGAAAAUAUUAAAAGACUCUUGUAACUUUAUUCUUUUUUCUCCUGCUGAAAAAAAAAUUAAACCAAUCGUAUG